AUGGACAUUGAUGAAAUUUGUCGAUUAUGUUGUUCAACGAAGUUUGUCAACAAUGAUAUUUUUGAUGAAGAAAAUGCGUUAUAUAUAAAAUUGUCACUAUACUUGCCAAUAAAGGUUUUCAGAAACGACAAACUUCCCCAGAAGGUGUGCGAUAAAUGUAGCUGCAAAGUGAACGACUUUUAUCAGUUUUGUAACGAAACCAUUGAAGUACAAAACAGGUUGCGCAGUUUAUUUUUGCAGUCUGGAGCGGGUAUAGAUGGCUCUGUGGACCUCACACUAGUAAAAGACAGCAGAUCGCCGCCACCUCCUGCCCCGGCAGAGCACUGUGAGAGAAGUACCCAGACUGACAACACAGAUGCAAGCUCUGACUGCAAUGCCGCUGUUCAGGUCAAAGAAGAACCAAAGCUCGUUCCACUAUCACCUGUCAAACAAGAAGAAGAUGAUUAUUAUAACAUAGAGUCGGAUCCAUACGGGGGAGGCUCCUCAGGGAGUGAAGAUAUUUCAUUAAUUAAUCUAAAAACAAAAAAGUCCACUCACAAAAGAGGUAGAAAAAAGAAGACAAAUAGUAUCAAAGAUUGGGGGGAAUUGAUGAACUACCUGCCUGAUGGUGCACUCACAGUAGUCAGUAAGGAAGAGGUGGACGUACCAUUGACCAGCAUCAAGGAGGAGGUGCUGGUGGACAAGGACGGGCAGGGGAAGGAGAUAGAUCUGUACAACUGCUGCAUUUGUUUUGCCCAGUGUUUCAGUAGGUCUGAGAUGAUGAAGCACUACAGACAGCACGGCGCGGAGGCGUCGUGCGCGGAGGCCCCGCAGCCGCCGCCCGCGCCGGAGCUGGAGCCGCUGCGCUGUACUAGGUGCAGGAAGGUGGUGCCCCGCGCGGAGUGGGGCGCGCACUGGGCGCGGCACUGGGAGCGCGACCGCCGCCCCUACCGCUGCAAGCUGUGCGAGAAGACGUUCCGCGACCCGCACCAGAUACUCAAACACGGAGAGACUCACAACUACGAGGCGGGCGCGUCCUCCGAGCCAGCCGACAAACGGUUCCUGUGUGAUCUCUGUCCGGAGGCAUUCGUACACAUGCGAUUGAAACAUGAAUCUUCGAAAUGCUGUGAGCAAACUAUGCUAAUACGUUCAGGAGUUCACGAAAGAAGAUUUGCACAAACUCGAAUCAGACAUCCCCAGUCAUUACAUCUUUUGUAA